AAAAAUAAAAAAAUGCAGUUCGAAAUUUUGUUCAAGUUUGAUAGAGAAGGAAGUUUUGACGAAUUUAAUUUAUUAAAAUAAUUUUUAUAAUUAAAAUUUUAGUGCAAAUUGCGUAUUUUUUAAUAAAUAAGUGACCAAGUAUUGUGAUAUUAAUAUUCGGUGAAAUAUGAGUAAAUUGUGAUGAUGGUGUUACAAUCGUAUUGGCGGUAAUCAGUACUGAUAAAAUUCCAUUGAAACCAGCAAAACCAGAAACAACUUUUAAUAUCUUCAGAUCUUACGGCCGAUUUCCAUUAAUUCAUGGAUACAUCAUUUACAUUCGUUACUGGACUGACUCCUGCAACUGGGAGAACUAAGGGAGCAUCAAAAUUUUCCAAAUUUCCCAGUGAAAAAUUGAAACAAACUAAAUCAAAGGCUGUGAAGAAUGCUCCCAAUCUUAAUGAACAUAAUAGACCGAACAAAGAAGAACGGAAGAAAACUUCGGUCUAUUCAUUUUCCAGCUGUUCAUCUCUGAAUUCCAUAAUGACCAACGAUUCGUCUCCUUCAUCCUUAAUUACCAACGACUCGUCGAUUUCGCUGAAAUCAUGUUCAGAGUCUUUGCAUUUUUCUUCCGAUCGAUCGUUUGCCGAUGGUGAUAAAAACAAACCGACGUCGAAACCAGUUCUUAAAACAAGUACAUCUACUGGUCAAACAACGUUUAAGAAAAUUAUACAAGAAGUUCACGCCGGAUUAGAAAAAAUUACGUUUCGUAAGAAAAAACCUCUUAAAACAAGCGCUUCGAGUGAAUCUAGAAAAAGCGAUUAUUACGACUGUUUGGAACAUAUUAGCAAUAUUUCAAUCGAUGAAAAAAUCGAAGUUAAAAUAAGCACACCUGUGGAUGACUGUGAUAAAAUAAGUCGUGAUGAAGUGAAAUCACGUAGUAUCGAAGAACUGAAUAAUUUAGAAGAUGAAAUGGUGAAUUUAAGUCUGGAUAAAAUUACUACUACUCGAACGAAGAAAUCUAAAAGUAAAUCUAUAAAUAAGAAACUAUUUGAUAGUAUAUCAAAGGAUAAAAAUAACUCUACGAGUAUUGCUAUAAGUGAUGGUGCCACGAAUGCUGCAAAGAAAAGUGAUAGAAAUCCGGUUCUCGCUAGUGAUUCUAGUGUAAUUGCUAUCGACGACAUUUCGCCUAUUCUAAGGAUUAGCGUCGCACCUGUAAAUAAUGUUUUUCUAGAUAGCGACGAAUUUUUAUCUCGCAAGAUUCUUGCUGAAAACCAAAUUCCUGAAACCAAUUACGAUAAAUCAGAAAAACGUGAUAAAACUGAACCGAAAGUGAUAUCUGAAAUAGAAAAGAAAACGACUGUGAAACCAACAAAAGCCAAAGAUAACAAGAAAAAUGCUAAAGUGCUCUCAGAGUUGAAUAAUUUGGAAAAAAUUAAAUACGACGAAGACGAAAUUAGAAUUAAAGGAAAACUGAAAGAAAAUUCUGUGCGAUCUAACAAUAAAACUAAAAAAACAAAGAAGAAGAAGGACUCUUUCAUCGUUUCCGAUACCUCGUCCGUCGAAGAUGAAAGUAUUUCUGUCUAUCAUAAAUUCAUCGCUGAGAAUAUAAAAUUUGAUGUGAUAAAAACAACAACGCCUCGUUCUAAAUACAAAAAAAAUGCAGCGUUUCACGACGACGGUAUUUUUACUCCUUUCAUCCUUCGUGGUAAACGUUCGAGUUCUGAAAGCGAAGCAGAAGACGACUGCGAUGAAAUUAAAAACCCAAAGAAAACUCGUCUUAGUGAUAGCAGCAGCGAAGAAGACAUUUACAUAUCAAACGUCAAUAUCAGAAGAAGUAUAUCUUCGCUGUCUUCGAAUGAAGAAAAUAAACCACCAUUGUCAACAGAUCUCAAGUUACCGAAAGUUGAGGUAAAAAAGAAACAAAACAAGGUCCCAAGAAAGAAAACCAUCAAACCUCAAAAAAUCAUCAGGCCUCUCUCAGAUUCAUUGACAGAAUCACCAAAAAGUGAUCCAUGUCUUGAUUUGACAUCUUCACCCAGUUUUACUCCCGGAAGUAGCGCAAAGGUGAAGAAAAAAGUUACUCCUAUCACUUUCAAGCUUAAAAACUUGAAUAAAUUGACACCGGCUCGAUUCCAGAAUCCGGAAAAAGAACCGUUAUCUUUCCUAAAAUCUUUAUCGACUCUCACGAGUCCGAAUUCUAUUCAUCCUGAUGCCGAGCAGUUUAGAAAAUCGUUCAAAAAAAUGAAAGAGCAGUUAGUUAAAAAACUUUUCGUCUUAUUUAAUAAAGAAGUGUUCGAUAACCAGCUCCCAGAAGAUUUGAAAAUUGAAUGGAAUGCUCGUAUGCGAUCUUCUUCUGGAUUAUGUUACAAUAAACGUAUUAAAACAAUUAUUGGACCUAAUAAGGAAUGCCUAAGAGUAUCCAGAAUAGCUUUAUCGACUAAAAUUAUUGAAAGUCCCGAACGAUUAAGAGAUACUUUAAUUCACGAAUUAUGCCACGCUGCUACUUGGAUAAUCGAUAAUAAAGCUGAUGGACACGGGCCCUGCUGGAAAUCUUGGGCACAAAAGGCCAUGCGAAGAUUUCCAGAGCUACCACCGAUUAAAAGAUGUCACGAUUAUUCCAUUCAGACAAAAUUCAAAUAUAAAUGUGUUCAAUGUGGUUAUACAAUUGGAAGACAUUCGAAAUCUUUAAAUUUAGAGAGGAAAAGAUGCGGAUAUUGUUAUGGAAAAUUCGAAUUAUUUAUUAAUCAUUCGAGUAAAAAAACAACCGUUGCAGGCUCAUCUCCGAAAAAUGUUCAAGCCAAACCACUUUCUAAAUUCGCCUUAUUUGUAAAAGAAAAUUAUAGUAAAAUUAAAAGCGAGAAUUCAGAAAUGAAGCACGGCGAUGUAAUGAGAAUGUUGAGUAAAAAUUUCGCCGAAACUAAAAAUCAAAUUUGAUAUUUUUUAUAAGAUGAUUUUAAAUUGACUAAAUAAUUUUUUCGUAUGUGUAAACUGUAUUCGUUUGACUGCUGUUUUAAUUUCUUUUUUAAAAUGGUUUUUAGGUAUCUGAUAAAUAUUUUUUAUAACGUUUUGUUCGUUUUGAUUAAUUAAUAAAGAUUUGCAUUUUUUGUA